GGCUGUGCUUGAACCCCCUCCCACGAUGGGACCCGGUGGCAAUGAAGUAUUAGAGGGGGAGGCGGGGAGCGAGGAGGAGGUGCCGCGGGAUUGGACGCCACAGGAGAAGGCCCUGCAUGAAGCCAAAGUGAGGGCCAAAGCCAAGCACAGGAUUCGACGGACGUCGUCACGUGACUCAACGCGGGAAUCCGAAAUCUCUGAAAACCCCGCGGAGCCCCUAAGCCCUCGUGGGAAAGUGAAUGAUAGAAAGUCCCGUAUGGGGAAGGGAAGGGGGCUCCCCAAGAAAGGUGGCGCUGGGGGGAAGGGUGUGUGGGGAGCCCCGGGGCAAGUCUAUGGCGAUCAGGAGCUUGAUGCUCGAGACCCAAACUAUGACGAGUCUGAUCAGGGUUACACCGUGUAUCAGAAGGUGGUUCCCGAGUUGGAUGAAGUCGGACUGCAGAAGAACGUGCAACCAAUGGUGCAAGAGUACUUUGAGCAUGGAGACACAGCGGAGGUUAUAGCUCUGCUGAAGGAGCUGAAUUUGGGGACCCAGUCUCCGGGGGUGGCCCGCGUGGCGGUGUCUCUGGCCCUAGAAGGAAAGGCCAGUCAUCGAGAGUUGACUUCGCGGCUCCUGUCGGACCUGGUGGGGAAGGUUCUGAAGCCUGAGGACAUAGGCCGGGCCUUCAAUACGAUGCUGACUGACCUGCCUGAUCUCAUACUGGAUACCCCCGAGGCACCGCAGAUGCUUGGCCAGUUUAUUGCCCGAGCUGUGGCCGAUCACGCACUCCCACUCAACUUCCUGGAUCGCUACAAGGGCCGAGUAGACUGUGAGCAUGCGCGAGCCGCUCUGGACCGCGCUGCUGUAUUGCUGCGCAUCAAGCGAGAGAUCAUCCGGCUGGACAAUGUGUGGGGCGUCGGGGGAGGGCAGCGGCCAGUUAAGCACCUCAUUAAGGAGAUGAACCUGCUCUUACAGGAGUUCAUGCUCUCGGGGCAGGUGGAGGAGGCUGAGCGAUGCCUUCGGGAUCUUGAGGUUCCUCACUUCCACCAUGAAGUCGUGUAUGAGGCAGUGGUCAUGGUGCUGGAGGGUUCUGCCGAGGGCCGGGUCAUAAUGGCAGUGAGACUGCUGAAAGCUCUGUGGGAGAGUGGCCUCAUUACACUGGACCAAAUGAACCGGGGAUUCCAGCGUGUGUAUGGGGAGCUGCCAGACCUCAGCCUGGACGUGCCACUGGCACACGUGGUACUCGAGAAACUCGUAGAUCUUUGUUAUCAGGAAGGCAUCAUCACCCAGCAGCUAAGGGACCAGUGCCCUUCUCGUGGCCGCAAACGGUUUGUCAGUGAGGGAGAUGGUGGCCGCAUCAAGAAGUAAGGAACUUGCCUAACUGCCCACCCAGGACUGGCGGAAAGGAGCCAGGGAGGGAGGGCAAGGGGCAGCAGUGUAUGGGAAGAACAUUGUACAACAGACCAGAAUAAAGGAGAAUACAAUUA